GGCGGGGUGCCGUCGCCCAAGGAGCCAAGCGACGUCUAUGCACUCUCUUAGAGUGUUCAUCUGCUUAUAUCUGCCGCCUCGGAUGACAGCGUGUUUCUCACCCAGUGAGCUAUUUCGGACUCGUGUAGAACAGCAGGCAUUCCGCAGAACACAUACGGAGAUCCGUCUGGGGCUGCGUCGAUUCCUGGCCCGAAAGUCGACUGACCAGGUCCUGGGCAACUAUCGGAGCCUUUUGCAAGUCCGCCAUGAGAGAAGCCUUGUGGGGGAAGUACGAGAGUGCCUGGGUUAGACUCGGUCAGAUGUCCAUUCACACCAGCAGUACACUGAGGACGUAAUUGGUAUCUUCGUCAAGAUCGCGCCUUUGCACUCACCUUUCUUAAGAACCAGAGCCCACGGUCACUCAUAUCAGCUGUCUGAUCAGCAUGAAUGAAUGAUAUCCAGUCGCCUGGAUAGACU